AAAAUAUUUAUUGAGUACUUCUUUGAAAAACUACCUGUCUAUCUUUGAAAAUCUAUUCCUUUAGCAACACUAUUACCUGCGCGGUUUGAGUUUGAUUAUACCUACAUUUGUAUUAUUUUAUUAUUUGCCUACUAAUUAUUAUUUCAUUUUAGAUUUCUAGCAACCGGCAGUGACUUUAAAACCAUGCAUACGAAUUACUUCCGAGGAGCAAGUACAAUAGCAAAAAUUGUAAGGACAGUUUGUCGCGCCAUAUGGAAACAUCUAUCAAGUCAAAAUAUACCUCCUAUAACAAAACAGGUUCUAGAAGAUGUCGCUAUUGAGUUUGACAAGAAAGCAAAUUUUCCUAACUGCAUAGGAGCUCUUGAUGGAGAUGAAGCAUUCUCAAUUUCGAAUAACGUCAUGCGCCCUUACUCAGGAAAACAUUUGUCGGUACAACAAAGAGUUUACAAUUAUCGACUGAGUCGUGCCCGAAGAUAUGUCGAGUGCGCUUUUGGCAUCCUAGCCAAUAAAUGGCGCAUAUUUCAUCGAUCUAUGAAUGUGCAAUACGAAUUUGCGACAGACAUUAUCAAGGCAUGUUGUGUAAUGCACAACUUUGUUUUGAAUCGAGAUGGAGUACAAGCGACCGAUGACAUUAUCUUUGAUGAUUCUGAUCUGCAAAUGUUGCAUUUGCCCACAGCAAAUGAAAAUAAUUUAAGCCCACAUCUAAUACGGAAUGAUUUUUGUAAUUACUUUUCCAGUGAUGUUGGCGCCCUAAGUUGGCAAUUAAACAAAAUAUGAAUGUUCGUAUACCUACUCAGUUCAAAAUACAAAUAAUACCUUAAUACAUUUGAUUCAAACUAUUUAACAUGUUGUGAACUGCGAAUAAACAAUUUAAAUGGCAA